UUCAUUUUACCACAAUGAAGAAAAGUGGUAUUCCUCUCCUCCUAGGCAUCAUCUUCCUGGUUGUGAUUGGAAUUCAAGGAGUCCCAAUAAUGAGGAAUGUACGCUGUUCUUGCAUCAGCACUAGCCAAAGGACCAUCCACCUAAAAUCCUUGAAACACCUUAAACAAUUUGCCCCAAGCCCUGCCUGCGAGAAAACUGAAAUCAUUGCUAUAAUGAGGAAUGGAGAUCAAACAUGCCUAAACCCAGAUUCAGCAGAUGUGAAGGAACUGAUGAAUCAGUGGGAGAAACAGAUCAGCCAAAAGAAAAAGCAAAAGAAAGGGAGAAAGCAUCAAAAAAGCAAGAAAGUUCUAAAAGUUAAAAAACUUCAACAUCAUCGUCAAAAGAAGACUACAUAA